GGGUUGGGCGGCCCCGCUGGCCUUGAGGGUGUUGGGGGCCCUUUGGCGCCCGCCGCCGCCUGCCUGCCUGCCUGCCUGCCCGGAGCUGGGCUCAGCCGCCGCUUUCCACGAGCCACUGCGAGGGCUUCUCCCGCCGAGGUGGCAGCAUGACCAGCCGCGGCUCCUGGGGGGGGGGGGGGAAGCCCCGCCCCUCGCUUCCAAUUGGGCGCCCAGAGGAGUGCGUCACCGGGGAAAUCCAAGAUGGCUGCGCCCAAGCUUCUGUCCGGAGAGAGCUGAUGAGAGCGGCCCUGGUUUCCCGUCCCCUUCAUCCUGGAAACAGCCCUGCGAGCCUUUAUCACAGGAUUGGCUGCUGUGCGUGACUUCAUCUUCAGGACGGCCACGGAUGCUGUCUGAUCUCUGCUGUUGGAAAGAAGGGCAACUGGCCAGCCAUGAGUAGAGUGCGGGUGUUAUUGCUAAUGCCAGCAUGGGAACUUUUCUCUGGAAGAGGCAUUCUGUUGCAACAGACGAUUUCUAAACAGAACCUUCUGCAACUACAAGGACAGCCCUUUAUUCAGGUAAAUUCCAGGUUUGUUCCUGUGAGGAGCUUCCAAGCGAGCGCAGUAUUUAGCACUUCCAAAAUCACCCGUUUUGCCAAGGAUGACAAGGACCAUGACAAAGAAACUACCAGCCAGUCCUUGGUGACUGUUGAAGAUCUCUUGGAGAGAGGGGCAAAGACCAAGGCCACCUUUCUGCAAGCACUGGACGUCUUCUGCAAACGGGACAUCCGCCGCCGGGGCCAUGUGGAGUUCAUCUACGCAGCUCUGAAGAAGAUGAAGGAGUUUGGCGUGGAGAGAGACAUCGCUGUCUACAACAAAAUACUGGACAUCUUUCCCAAGGAAGUGUUUGUGCCUCAAAACUUCAUUCAGAGAAUAUACAACCACUAUCCCCGUCAGCAGGAAUGUGGAGUCGAAGUGCUUGAGCAAAUGGAGAGUUAUGGUGUCAUGCCCAACAAAGAGACUUUGUUCUUGUUGUUCCAAAUCUUUGGGAAGAAGAGCCACCCUGUGAGGAAAUACCAGCGGCUCCUGUACUGGUUUCCGAAGUUCAAGCACAUCAACCCACACCCCGUCCCAGACCCUCUGCCCCAGGACCCCGUCGAUCUUGCCCGGUUGAGCCUUCGGAGGAUUGCAGCUGACUUGGAUGCCAGAAUUACGGCCUACCAGCUGCCCCAUGUCGAGGUCUUGGACUCUGGGAAAACGAUCGACCACCCGCAUAUCAUAGGAAUCCAGAGCCCCGACCAGCAGUCUCUUCUGGCUCGCCACACUCCAGACAGGCCUAUUUUUGUUGAAGGCCCUUUCCGCUUGUGGCUCAAGAAUGCGUGUGUCUAUUACUAUGUGCUCAGGGCAGAGCGGUUACCCCCUGAAGAGCAGGAAGAAGAAGUGAUUGACCCAGAAAGGAAUUUCUUCUACCCCAUGCAGCUGGACUUUGAUCUGGAACGGGGGCCUUGGGACGAUGAGGAAUUUGACAUAGAUGAAGUUGAAGAGGGCCCUGUGUUUGCCAUGUGUAUGGCGGGGGCAGGAGACCAGGCCACCUUGGCCAAGUGGAUUGUGGGUCUCCAGGAAACGAACCCAGUUUUGAGUCGGACGCCAGUCGUGUUCCGCCUCACGCCAGGACCUCGGGAGCUGCAGGCCAGACCUGACUCUGAGAACAGUGAAGAGGAGACGGCGCAACCUCGGAGCGCAAGCCAAGAGUCCUGAACCCCUGCAGAUUACUUCUCAGGCUAUGAUCAGGGCCAUUUAAGCUGCAUGUUGUAGCCUCUAGGUGUUGCUGUCGACCCCUUUUUAAGCAGUUUUCAGCAGCUUUGGCUUGCAAGGGUGGGAGCUCUCAGCUCAAGUGCCAGCCAGCGACCUGCCUUUUCACCUGCGACGUUUUGAGUGUGGAUGGGCCGGCGGGUUGGAAAGGAAAGUUGUUGAAGCUGAUCGGCUUUUGAGCAGGUUGCAAAUAAAAUCAAAGGACGUCGUAGAGUGCUUUAA